AUGCCUCCCGCGGAAGACAAAGGCAGCGAUGACUUCAAAUUCAGUCUCUGGGCGCCCCCGCGCGGCGGCUAUGCAGCAUGCGACACCAUUGUGGGGAGCCUCAUCCGCAAGACGCCAGUCGUCGCACCCGAAGCAGUCAUCACGCUGUCCUUGACAGGUCGCGCCAAGACCAGGUUCACAAAAACCAAGGCAGUCUACCGGAACUCGCGACAGCUCGUCAGUACCGGCGAAACAGUCAUUUUCAAAGGCCCUAUUCAUCUGGCUGCCGACAGCAAAGAGCCACUCCGCUGGCCUUUCGCAGUGGGUAUCCCGCUUGAGCCGGCGACAUCAUGCAAAAAUGAUCAUAGUUCGGAGGCAAGCUUGUUACCAGUGGAUCAAGAUCACCCGGGCCAUCAUCUGUUACCGGGCACAUUUGUCUCCAUGGACCCGAGUUUUGCAGAACCGGCACGGUGCUAUGUGGAGUAUUAUCUCACUGCUCGUCUGCAUUUCAGGUCCUCCCGUCGAUCCGAGUCGCAUGAAUCGAUUCGAAGAAUCAUUCUCCGACACCCUCUGGAGCCACUCUUAAAGUCACCGAGUCUCAAGGUCUUUGAGACGAGGCGAAUGAUUCAAAGCCAUCGUCUCAUGCCUGAAAAGGGAAAUGCGGGGUUGUCUUUCCGACAAAAAAUGCAGACGUUCUUCGAAUCAUCCAAAGUGCCCCAGUUUCAUUACAACAUCAUUCUUACGGUACCAGAAAUCAUUCAGCUGGAUAAUCCAGAGCCAUUCCCUCUUUUACUCCAAAUCCGGCCUCAAAUAGACCGGACAAGUGAGCGCAUUCAAGAUGUCAUGCCAGACAUCUUAGCGGCUGAUGUGAGAAUGAUACUCAAGGAGAACACAGCGGUGAUUGCGGCGGAUAUAUGGGAUAAGAUAAGGUCUAGGUCCUACUGGGAGCCAGUUGAGCUGGGCUUGAGUCAUGCAUUUCGACAGCUCGAGUCUCCAAUCAUCAUCCCCACGGCCACAGAAAGCAAGCCGGUGAACCUUGGGAAACUAUUCGGGCUCGUUCUUCACCAGAAUGGCCUCUCUUCACACAAGCGGGUGCUGCCGAGCAAAGCGGGCAUUCAUCCGGAUUUUAUGACUUAUAACAUCCGACGCACACAUGAGGUUGGGUGGCAAGUCACUCUGCUGGUUGCCGGGCAGCUACAAGAGGCGAAAUUCAGUUCGGCAGUAACGAUCCUUUCGGGUCCCAGCUCAGGCCAGAGCACCUAG